AUGGACACUCCUGUGAAAAUGGAACCAAUGGGCGCGAUGGAUUCGUCAGACCCAGCCGAUAUCGACUUUGAUCUCGAUGGUGACUCGACACCAUCUCCAAUGCCAACUGAGGGUACACCUGGUAGCUCGGGUCAGAACUCUUCCUCUGCUCGCCGUCCUCCACGGAAAAGCACAUUGACACAACAACAAAAGAACCAAAAGAGACAAAGGGCCACGCAAGAUCAAUUAGUCACUUUGGAAACUGAGUUCAACAAGAACCCAACGCCCACUGCUGCCACUCGGGAGCGCAUUGCAUCCGAGAUCAAUAUGACCGAACGAUCUGUACAAAUUUGGUUUCAAAACAGCCGCCGCCGAGCUAAGAUAAAGAUGCUGGCCAAGAAGACAAUAGAGAGCGGUGAGGAUUGUGACAACAUUCCAGAAUCCUUGAGGCAGCUGCUGGCCAUGCAGGCCAUGGAAUCUGGAAGACCAUUCCCCCGUCAACUCAUUGGACGUCCUGAAGGCCCAAUGGCACAGUACGGAAGUGGCGGUAUGUUGAUUGGUGACCCUAAUGCUCAAGGGAAAACUGUCAUUCACCACUUCACAUGUCGAUCUUUGAGCAUUGGUACGUGGCGACGAGUUGGGCAAAAUGCUAUGGACUUGGUCAUUUUCUAUUCCCCAGAUAAGGCUUGCAUCACAUACUACAUCAACAAUGACUCUGCCGGCUACAAGAUCGAAUUCCCUUUCGCCUUCAUCAAGAGCAUUCAAUUGGAGUCCGGUGACACAGCACCCAACGCAAAUGGCUCUCCUCCCAGACCUGGCGGUCUUGUCAUUGAGUUGAACAGGCCACCUAACUUCUUCAUGGACUCGUCCGGCUCUGGUGGCUUCUACCAGUGUGGCGACUUCACAGAGGAUCAACAAGCUUCACAAAUCAUGACCCAUCAUUUGGGUGGACAUCCCAAGGUCCUCAGUGGGCAACUAGCGAAGUUGGUUUCCCUAGAAUCGUUCCAGAACCGAUUCAAUCCUUUCGACGUCCAUGCCCUGCCAGCUUCCGCACCGGUCUCUCCGAACAUGGGAAUAGUUCGCCCUGCUUCUCAACCCUCGGUGCAAUUUGCACGCCCACAUCCUCCUCAUGUAGGCAUGUUCCAAGAACAAUUCGGUGGUGUCAACCAACACCUUCACCCUGGUCGCAUGCACCCUGGACACAAACGACAGCGAAGUCGGUCGGUGCCCAUUGCUAUUGAUUUCUCCAUGCUGCAUGGUCCAAUGCCCACAUUCCAUCUUCAGCAACCGUCGCCACAAAUGGCACCGGAGAACCACAAUUUGUUUCAACCCAUGCCUCAGCAUCCGGUCCAAACGGCCGUCGGAUCGAAUCUUCAAAUUGAUACAUCUGCUGGGUAUGGAAUGGACUUCCGUCAAAUACCAAUGUCAGCAACAGCAACCUCUCCCUCAGAGUUUGCCAGCCCUGGCUUUUUCCCGACCAACCCAGCCCAGCAACCCAUGCAAGCUUCCGAUUUCGGAACACCUCAGCAGUUCAAUAUGCCGUUCCUCUCACCUUCUCCUAUGCUCGAUCCCAACAUGGUGCCGACAUCAGUUUCGCCGCUGUCGCAUAUGGGACACCAUGAUCCUGUCAUUGCCGAUCAAUCACCACCACUAUCAGCAUUACACAGAAGCGCUUCAGCUGAUAUGUUCAACAUGCAUCAUCAUGACCAUACUGGCAUGAUGGACGAAACGCUGAUGCUGGGAGAGAUGUACUCAAAACAGAACCUGAACAUGCCAAUGCCUAGUCCAGGAUUUGAUGAAAAUGGCUUGAUGCUGAUGAACGACAUGGGAGAUUUCCAGACGCCAAGAGAGCAGAUGUCGAUGACGCCGUUUGGGACCGUCGAUCCACACUCACUGCAAGCUGGCCUCCAUCACUCACAUCAUGUCUGA